CCUCUUUAUGACAGCUUUAUAAUAAUACAGGAAACAGAAGGCUGGGCUUCUGAGAGCCAGGAACACACUGCAGAUAACAGGGGGCAGAGCUGCUUUUCCUCCCAACCUUAUCCAACACUGUAACAUCAAAGGAGGGAGCAUAGUGCCAGUCCCAGCACUGCCUGACCACCCGCAUGAUGGAGGAGCAGAGUAAGGCAGAGGGAACAUUUAAUGCGGAUGAAGCCGGCAGCAUUGUGAAAGAGUGUGUAGAGGUCAUCUUGGGUGCAGUAGACUAUGAUGAAAACAGAGUCAAUGAGUGGAUGUCUGCAGUGGUGGAACAGUCAUUAACACACCUUGUAAAGAUGGGGAAAGCAUAUAAAUACAUUGUGUCCUGUAUUGUCAUGCAGAAAAGAGGAGGAGGGCUGCACACGGCAAGUUCUUCAUUUUGGGAUAACAACACGGAUGGCCGCUGCUCAGUACGAUGGGAAAAUCGAACCAUGUACUGCAUUGUCAAUGUGUUUGCCGUUGCCAUUAACUUAUAGCCCAUGAAGAAAGUUGCUAAUACCUAUGCACGCUUCAGACCUUAAAAAGUUCACAACCAGGACUUUCACAAGCAAAUCCUAUUAUUGGUAUUACCAAAAUACAGCAGCUUAGCUGUCUAUUUUAA